UCCAGAUUGGCAUGUAUAACCUGACAGCGGGUUGGGUGCGUUGGUCACCGCCGCCGCCGCAGCAUCAUAACGGCAACUUGUUGGGCUAUAAAAUAGAGGUAACCGCUGGUAAUACGUUCAAGGUGUUAGCCAAUAUGACGCUGAACGCUACAACUACUUCAGUGUUGCUCAACAACCUCACCACAGGCGCCACCUACAAUGUGCGUUUGAAUUCAUACACCAAAGCGGGCGAAGGGCCCUACGCGGAGCCAGUCUCCUUGUUCAUGGAUCCCACACACCUAGUGCAUCCACCACGCGCUCACCCCAGCGGCUCACAUAGUGGCAUCGCCGGUAGUCAUGGCCAUCCUGGUAGCCCGGGUGCCGAUGGCAGUCACUAUGCUUAUCAUCCAGCGGGCAUGCCAGACGAUGCGGCCACCACAACAACACAUCAUAAAUCAUCGAAUGUAGUGCAUCAGACUUGGUUUAUGGUAUUGGUAAUAGUCUUUCUGCUAGCCAUAUUCUUCGUCACCGUCGGUGUGAUGGUAUUCUUUAAGCGGCGUCACAAGCUUACCAAGGAGCUGGGUCAUUUGAGUGUAGUCAGUGCCAACGAAAUCACUGCGCUUAAUAUUAAUGGCAAGGAUAGCCUGUGGAUUGACCGUGGCUGGCGUACCACCGACACCGACAAAGAUUCCGGCUUGAGUGAGACGAAACUGCUGUCGAAUGCGAACAGUCAAUCCAACUACACUUCAGAUGGCGGCACCGACUAUGCGGAAGUGGAUACGCGCAACAUGAGCACCUUCUACAAUUGUCGAAAGAGCCCCGAGAAUCCAACACCAUACGCCACAACAAUGAUUGUUGGCGCUUCUUCGACGGAGACCACCUGCAUGAAGACAUCCUCAUCAAGCACCGAUCAGGAUUCCGGCACCCACUCGCCGAACUCAGAUGGCAAUACGCCACAAUGUGUUGCUGGCGGUGUAGGCGUUGGCGUUACUGCGGCUGGUAUGCCACCAGUAAACAGUGGCAAGCACAACUAUCAUCCUUAUCCAGCAGAGCAAUUUAAUUGGUCAGAAUUCUUGCCACCACCACCGGAGCAUCCACCACCGCUACCCAGCGGUUGCAGCGGCGGCGGCGGAGGCAACGGCGCAGUAGGCGUCAUAUAUGCGCCUGGCUCACCACAGUCUUCGCGUAAAAGCUCCAAGAGCGGUGGUUCAGGUGUGUCCACACAUCAAAGCGCUUUGAAUUCAUCCAUACACAGCAGCUCCUCGGGCGGUUUCUCGACGUGGGGUGUGGCACCACAGUGCGUUGCCUCGCGGCCAACAGAGAAUUACUACAACAACCCUUUGCCCUGCGUGGGCGGCGCACAGAAUCGCUACCAAAUUACACCGACCGGCCAACAUCCUCCACCACUACCGCCAUACUUUCCCCCCGGCGCCGCAGGCACCGCACAAUUACCGCCACGCAACAUACAUAUCCACUACCCGGCGCCCAGACACGCAAUGAGCGAGUAUCAGCCGUCGGGCACGCACAAUUCCCGCUGUUCCAAUGGCCGAGCCUGCAAUAGCUGUGAUGCGCUCGCUUCGCCACUCCAGCCACUGCCACCACCCGGUGACGGUUGGUACCAACCCCUGCAGGCGCAUCUGCCACCCAAUGCCGGUGGCGCCAACCCAAUCUAUCAAUGUUCCUCCGAGUGUUCUGACCAUUCGCGGCACUCACAUUCGCACACGCAUACGCACAACCAUCCGCACGCACACCAACAGCACCAUCAACAUAUGCACGCGCAUCAGCAUCACACGCAUGCAGCAGCAGCGGCGGCAGCGGCCGCGCACGCGGGCAACGGCAAUGACACCAUGCGCUCAGAAAGCAGCCAAGACGGCGGCAAAGGCAACUACCGCUGUCAAAAGCAAACCGGUGCCGGUGGCGGGGGUAGCGGCAAUAGUAAUGGUGGUUAUGCGGACAUCAACGAGUGCGCAGAGCGUGAACACAUGCUGAAAGGCAACGGCGGCGGCGGCGGCAAUGGCAAUACAAGCACGCUAGGCGGCAGCUCGUCCUGCGGCUAUGAGGUGCUUGGCGAUCAUCGCAAUUGCAGCGACUGCUGCAGCAGCUCACGCGAAGGCGACACCUGUUCGUGCAGCGAAGGCUCCUGUCUGUAUGCGGAGGCGGGCGAACCAGGCAUGCUGCCAAGCAGCGCGCAUCUAGGCGUUGGCGGUGGUAGUGGCGUCGUAGCUGCAGGCAAGCUGGUGACGCAGCAAGGCAAUUGAUAUGCGGCCGGCGUAAGUGAUGUGGUCAUGUACUUUUAGUGGUUGCCGACGGUGCAGCUGCCAAUGUACGACACAAUGUAUGCCACAGGCGAAGGUGGCCGCGUCGGCGACAAUUGUGGUAGCGGCAGCAGCAGCAUCGAUGCGGCGCUAAUUUGUGAGUAGUCUAGGUACAUAAGUUAAACUAGUUAAGCUCUAUGCUUAUUUGACUAAAGUAACUAGUGAAGUAUGGUGGUAUGUAUAGUUAAGCUAAGUACGCGUUUUUAACAAGGCGCAAACACGAAUGUACAUACGCAUGUAAGGAUAUGGUUGUGUAGACAUAUGUACAUAUGUAUUUGUAAGGGCGGCGCAUGUCCGCAAACAUAGCGAGAAAAACGUGGGAAACUAAAAUGAAAAAAAAAACACACAAAUCGAACAAAGACCUCGAAGCAGUACUGGCUACUGACCGACCGACAAAUUUGCAUUUUUCUGCUUUCUGGUGGCAUUAAUUUUCCUUAGCAUAUACACAGGCGCAUCACGCAAUGGCAACUUGAUUAAAGUUAUUUCGUCAUUUACUUGUGGCUGUUUAGUUUUAUUCGAAAGUUUCUAACAUAAAUGUGUAUGUACCACAAUUUCGAAUAUCUUUCUUUGUAUUCCUUAUGAGGGCAGACAUUUCGCGUAGACUGAACUAACCACCUUACAUCACUAAGCAUGGCGAUCCACUUAAACUUCGAUUUAUUAAGUCUUCCUGUGAUUUUAAGUAACUUCUUCGCGUCACUGGCGUAGCAGCACACGAGUGGAAAAGGACUCUCUUGCUUGCUUAACCAGAGCUUUUUUAGCAUACCACGCGUCAGUUUAAAAAAUGGCUACGCUUCAGCAGCGACUCCUUGCCACAAUUCAACUUAAGUGGAUAACAAUUUUCGUUUUUCAUUGAAAUGCAAAUAGGUGUUACACACUCACUCAAACAAAAGCAUACAAUGUGUACAAAGAUACAAAUAUAUCUGUAAGUAAUUGCAUUUAACCAUUUCGACUUAGUCGAUACUACUCAGACUAACGUAUAAAUGGUACCAGUGUACCGUUGUUCAUUCUUCAAGUCACCCUAAACCAGUAUUCCUUAAAAAAAAAAGCUCACAUACACACAUACAUAUGUAAUGUUACGUGCAUUCACAGAGGCUCUGCAAGGACUUCAGCAUGUCUUAGGUCCUUUCAAGUAGAUAUGCAAAGCGAAAUUUCGUCAUUGGUUUAACACGCGAUUUGCAACAUGUAUACUAUAAAUGACGUUCCCUACUUCUGAAUUGCCUAUUUUGUUGAAGAAUCGCGUUUCUACAUUCAUUAGUUAUUCCGCUUUGAAUGGCAACAAGCGGUUUUGCUGCAAGCUAUCACAAUGCUGGCAUAAAUCUAUGGCAAUGGUCGCAUAAAAGCGAAGUUUAUGUGGCAAUAAAUUACUUAAUCGGUUGAUAAAUGGUGGUUUGCCUACGAUUGAAGGGCGAUGGAGGAACUAAUGAUAGCUUAAAUGCAGAUUUAAUAGUAGGCGAAACUUUUCUGAGUACUUAUUUUGGCAGCUGAAAACCACUACUUCUUGAAUUUUAAGGUUUAAAUGUUAUAAUUUAAGUAUUUAUGAGUGUGACUGGGAAAAAUACUCCGUAUUUUAUUUUAAAAAUUCAAAUAACAUGUUAUUGUAGAAUUUGUUCAUAUUUACAUAUA